CAUGCAGACGAUGCUUGAUAAAAACGUCGAAUCUGCUGCAUACUUACAUCUUGAUUUCAUUUUAUUGAGGUUACAAUGAAACUUGAAUUGUUUGGUGUGAGUUAUAACAUAAAUUUAUAACUGUAGUACGCAAAAUCUGGUGUUAAAAAAGGUAUGAACCCCGCAGACUUCCACCUUCUUCAGAAGAGAUGCUGGAGCCUGAGGAGGAGGAUGCAUGCCAAAGUCGUUUCUUCUUAUCAUUGAGAUUGGAUGUAGAUAACAGAUUCAACCAGUGAACCAUGGCGUCCAUAGCAUCAUAUUCUGCACAACUACAAAAUUUGAUUAAAGAAAUCCACCAGAAUGAUAUUGGCAAAGACAAGACAGAUGAAGUCCUGGAGAGCAUGUUACAACUUGUUGAGAAAGUCCAACCUGCCACGAUUAAUAAACCAGAAAACAAAAGUGACAGAGCUCUGUUAGAAUCCAGUGCUGUCUCAUUAUGGAACUUGGCUGUUGCGAGGAAGACCCAAGGGUUGUACUCCGCUCACACCAAUGCCAGAUUGAGGUACAUUGCGUGUCAUCUUGUGUUCAUAUCCGAAACUGCUGAAGAUGCUGACGAGAAUGUCUACAAGAAGCAGAUCCUGAUGGCAGUUAAAACGGGACGAGCUUGGCUAGAUUGCGAUAAUCCAGGGAUGGCUGAGAGCUCAUUGCUGCUGGCAACUGAGUGUCUUGAGAAAUUACGAAAGUUGCUGGUUGACAGGAUUGGAGGUGGAGGAGAAACUUCUGCCAACAAAAAGCGAAAACUAGAAGUUGAAAAAGAUAUGUUCAAGGUGUUGGCCUACAGAGCUGAAGCAAGUUGUGCUCAGGGACAGCAAGAGGAAGCCCUCAACCUGAUAAAAACUGCCAAGGAGAUGCUCCAUGUACUUCCAAAGGAGGGUGGAUUUCUUUCAAUGUUGGCGUACAACUUUGGUGUGGAUUGCUACAGGAGAGAACAGUAUGAACACAGCAUCACUUGGCUGAGAGAAAGCUUUCAGACGGGCAAAGACCAGACAUCUGUAGGAGGGAAGAAUCAGGCAAGGACAUUGAGGUUACUGGCUAAUGCUUACUUGGACUGGGAUGCUGAGCAGUACUGGCAGAAAGCAUUGAAUGCUGUAGGACUGGCAAAUGCGGAACACUUGCACCCUGCUGGUCUGUAUCUGAAGGUGAAAAUACUCCUCCUGGGUGAGACUCAGGAUGACAGAUUGAAAUCAGCUUUAGAAGACGUCUACCGGCAUGUUGAUCUCAGCAUUGAAUUGGGUUUGAAUGCAAUCAAAUUAUUGAUCCAACAUAAGAAGCCCAGUCUUGCGGUGGAUGGUUUCAAACAGUUAGAACAAAGAUAUAAACACACUCCAGAGCUUGGUAAGAUCUACGCCCAGCAUCUCGAGAUGCUGCUGCUGGAGAGAGAGACAGAAGAGGCUAAGAUGCUGGUUGAGGAGUGUAUCCAGGACCAUCACACGGGUCAGCCUCUGGAUAUGGGUGUCAGGAAGACGUUUCAUGUGAUGAUUUGGGAACAGGCUGCUGUCGCAUUUGAGAGCAAAGAUUUUCCAGCCUCGCUUGAGUGGUAUAACUUCUCACUCAGUCUCUUUGGACCCAAUGAGAGGAAUGACAAGAAUGUCUCCAAACUCCAUCGGAAUAGAGCCUCCUGCUACAUCGGCAUGCAGAAUUACGAGAAAGCGAAGUCAGCAAUGGACGAGGCUGAAAUUUGUGAAAGCAAGUCACCGUUUACGAGUUUUCUGACAUUCAAGGUGGCGCUUCUGCAAGGGAAUGAUGAGAAAGCUAUUGAGGCACUGGUGAAGAUGUCAGAAGAGAUCUCUGCUAUGAAAGACAUGGAUGCCGUCCAAGGACUGAUUUGCCUUGCUGCUCAAAUAUCAUUUGAGAAAAGUAAUCAAAACAUCGCCGUGCGUGCCUUAGAAAGUCUUGUUGCCCAUUCGUCUCACAUUCAACAGGUGAUGACAGCCCUCCGAUGCCUCACCAGACUGCGGUUAUCCUUCUUGGCAAAGGAAGACAAAAAUAGGAAAGAUGUGACUGCUGUUAUCUCCUAUCUCAAAACAGCCUAUUCCAAGUUAGAUGACCUGAACCAGAAAAUCCAGUUGGGAAAUAUGAAGGAAGUAGAGGGUGACACAAGGACAAUGCUAAAUAGUGAAGCCACGUGGUUUAUGAAAAUCGCAUGGAACUUGUCCCUACAAUGCAACGAUUCCAGUAGUGACAUGCACGAUCUCUUCCUGCUGUGCUCAAAGUUUGGACAGCUUUGUAUAAUUGACAUGGCCAACUUGGUCAGGCAGAAAACAUGUAUGUUGAUGGCUGCAGCUGCUGGUCUUCAGAUGGCACGAGAGACCAAGGACCUUGCUGAGAAGAGGGUGUCCUUGAAAAUGGUUUUGGAUUAUAUCCAGGAUUGCCGUGACAUUUGUGAUAAGAUAACUGAAAACAGAAUACGAGAUACAGGCACCAAAAGUAAAGAUUCUACAGCUGUGCUCCUCAUCCUGUACGAGUUUGAAGCCAAGGCUGGCCUCGGAGAGGAAGACUUGGACACUGUCCUGGCGAAGGCACUGGCUCUUCCUAAUUCUGACUCAAAGACGUUUGAAACUAUAGCAGCUUUAUCCAUGGAGCCGCCAUCAGAGAACAGAAGUAUCAGCAUCCGAGCCCUAAAAGUUGCCGUAAAGAAGCAUAUCCAAUCUGAUCCAAUUAACUACAACAAAUUAAGUAAAAUCUUCCACAGUCUCAUACAGUUGUCCCUCCAAUGUGGCCUCUCCGUUGACCCUAAUAGUAUAGAGGAAGCCUACUCCUACUUUGUGGAGGUCCAGGACUUGAUAUCUAACAAAGCUAGGCAGGAGUACCCGGAGAUGGAGGUACUGUGGUUGAUGACAAAGGCUUGGAACUGUGGUAUUCAUCUCUACAGUGCAGGAAAAUUCACUGAUGCGGAAAGAUGGUGCAGCCUUAGUAUGGGACUAUUGAAGCAUCUGACGUCAAUGAAGUUGGGCUAUGAAACGCAGAUGACUACAGUGUAUGCCGAGGUGCUUGCAAGAAUAGACUCUGGGAAAGCGAAGGGCCGUUUUGAGGAGUGAACUUGUAGACUGUGAAACCAUAUCUGGAAGAUCAUGCAGAUUUGACUGGCCAUGGUCAGCAACACUGCAUUGGGUCAUUCGGGGGAAAAAAGUCGCCUAAUUAUGCAUACAAGUCACUUGAAGGCCGCCAAUCUGACUCACUAGCUCCUGUUGAUAGCCUCCCUUUAAAAUGUCAUUUGGACCAGUCACAUAAUCAUUGAAUGGCUGAUGAAGCUUAGAUUUAUAAGUGGAUGACCGAGACUUGAAUCUCAUGAUGUUGGAUUUAUUUCAUCUCGUUCUGUUUUAUUAUAUAAAAUCAUUAUUUUUCACACUGAUUUUUUACACUGAUUGUUGAGUGGUUUUAUUUGAAUAAAGUUGCAAUUUUGUAAAAAAA